AUGGCAAUGAAAGAGGAUUAUUAUGAUUAUUUGUUUAAAAUUGUACUUAUAGGAGACUCAGGAGUAGGUAAAUCAAACUUAUUAUCUAGAUUUACAAGAGAUGAAUUUAAUUUGGAAAGUAAAAGUACAAUAGGUGUAGAAUUUGCUACUAAAAGUAUUCAAUUAAAAAAUAAUAAAAUUAUAAAGGCACAAAUAUGGGAUACGGCUGGACAGGAAAGGUAUCGAGCGAUUACUUCUGCAUAUUAUCGAGGGGCAGUAGGUGCAUUAUUAGUUUAUGAUAUAACAAAAAAAAAUUCUUUUGAAAAUAUUGAGAAAUGGCUAAAAGAAUUAAGAGAUAAUGCAGAUACCAACAUUGUUAUUUUAUUAGUUGGUAAUAAAAGUGAUUUAAAACAUUUACGUGUUAUAAAUGAUAAUGAUGCAACUCAGUUUGCUAAAAAAGAAAAGUUAGCCUUUAUUGAAACUUCAGCUCUUGAAUCUACUAAUGUAGAAUUAGCUUUUCACCAAUUAUUAAAUGAAAUUUAUAAUGUUAGACAAAAAAAACAAGCUACAACAAAAGAAGACAAUUUAUCUAUACAACCUAGAGGAAAAAAAAUAAACGUUGAUGAUGAUAAUGAUCAAAAUGAUACAAAAAAAAAAUCGAAAUGUUGUUGA